AUGUUUUCAUCACCCAAGUUAGUCAACACGUCGUUGAAGAUCGACUAUAAACACAUGCAAGUGAUUGUGUGCGCAGAAUUCCUACGAUUUCAGUCGGAUGUAAACGCAUGUGUGCGAGUGUGGAUGCAGUUAUCGUGGGAUAAGAGUGUGAAUGCAGAUUUUCUGGGGGUUAAGUUGUAUGAAUGA